AUGCAAAUCACCAACUUCCUUCUCCUUGCCGGCGCGCUGGGUGCCGUCGCCCAUCCCUCGGGCCAUGCCCACCUGCACCGUAGUGCCGAGGCGAAGCGCGAGGUUUUCGUCAAGAACAUCCACAGAGAACCUAUCCCCAAGCCCUCGCCGCCUCCGCCCAAGCCGAAGCCCACCAGCACCACAUCCGCGGCCCCGGAGCCAACCCUGCCGAGUCUCGGAGACCUGAUCAACGAGUUUAUCCCCUUCUGUGGUGGCGGCGCUGCCUCCCGCAAGUCGAAGCGCGUGACGGAUGCUCAAGUCAUGUACACCGGCAACCUGGGCACCGACGGCGGCUGCCCGUGGAACUCCAACAUCAUGGCUGUUGCCGAGAGCCUUCUCGGAAAGUACCAAUACACGCAGACGUACACCAACGUUGCGGACGUGCCGUACCAGGUUGUGUGCGGCAACAAGAUGGGCGCCGAUCGUCAGCUCACCGGCAUGUUCAAGGUUCCGGGCCAGAAGCAACUCAUCUUCACACUCGCCCCGGGCGAGUCCAAGGUGGUUGUCGUUGACGCCAACACCCAGGGUAUCUGCGCCUUUGCCCCCAACGAGGUCCCGCUCACCAAGGAUGGCCAGUACGCCGGCAACUGGGUUGAGUAUGACGCUGGCAGCGACGCCAACAAGGGUUGGUCUGGCGCGGAUUGUUCUUCUCUCGUUGCCCAAGCCUACAAGAUGGAUGUCCCCGGCUGCAAGGUCUCGCACGGCGGCAUCGACUCGAUCAUUCUUCCCGGUGGCAAGGGCACCAAUGCGUACACCAUCGGUAUGGAGAAGCUGGACGGUAUUGGCCUUAACAUCAUCCCCGGCCCCUGGCACUUGGAGGUCUCCGUCGGCUUCUCGGGUUAA